AUGGCCGAGGAGACAACAGCUCACUUUGGAUCAUCAACGUAUUUGCCAUUUUCCGCUAAAAGAGCCUGGCAUGAUGCGCAAAGCACGUGCGAGCUGAUGGGCGGUCAUCUUGUAACCAUAUCAACGCAGGAAGAAUACAACUUUGUCCUUGGCCUACGAGUUGACCCUUUAUCUGACACAUGGGUAGGCGCAAAUGACAUUCCGAUCGAGGGCAAUUUCACCUGGAUAACUGGAGAGGAGUGGACGUAUAACAAGUUUACCAAUGCGGACGCGUGGGCUGGUUCUGAACGUGACACCGAUUGUUUGCUUAUUAGAAAAGAUCAGUUUGUUAGUCCCCGUUUCUCCAACAAAUUCGAUGACGCGUAUUGCAGCCGUUUGGCACAGUUUGUCUGCGAAAUGUCCUUGUAG